UAGAGCCCCACAGACCCCAUAGAGGCCCCAUAGGGACCCAUAGCGGAAUCUAUGGGGCGCCCCCCUAUUUCCUCUGCCCCACACCCUCUCCCCACUUGUAGGGCGGCGCUUCCUGUCCCGUUCCCCACUUCCUGCCCCAUAACCGCCUCCACCCCAACGGCUGCUGCCCCACAGCUGCCCCCCAAGUUGUGGGGCAGCCCCAUGGCACUCCCCACAUCCACCCUCUGCGCCCUCCUGGCCAUCGCCGCCAUCGCCCCAUUGAUUCCAACCACUGACCCACAAGUGGACCCCACUGACCCACAAGUGGACACCAGUGACCCACAAGUGGACCCUGCCCCACAAGUGACCUCCGUGGACCCCCAACUGACCACCAUGGACCCACAAGUGGCUACUAUUGACCCACAAGUGGACACCAGCGACCCACAAGUGGACCCUGCCCCACAAGUGACCACCGUGGACCCACAACUGACCAUGGACCCCCAACUGAGCACCCUGGACCCACAAGUGAGCUCCGUGGACCUACAACUGACCCCCAUUGCCCCCCAAGUGGCCACUACUGCCCCACAACUGACCCCCACUGCCCCACAAGUGGACCCCAGCCCCCCAAGUGCCCCCUCUGCCCCACAACUGACCCCCUCUGCCCCACAAGUUGGCCCUAUUGACCCCCAAGUGACCACCCUGGACUCCCAACUGACCUCCACUGCCCCACAAGUGGCCUCUAUUGACCCACAAGUGACCCCCACUGCCCCCCAUAUAUGA